ACUGUAUCGCCUACACACACACGCGCACACACGCGCACCUCUGUCCUUGUUUUGUUUGAAGCCCCAGUCAUGCAGGCUAUCAGCCAGAAGGGAGUGGCAUCUCAGGAGUGGAAUUUCACUUCCUGUAUCUUUCAGGACUAAAAAUGGAUUCACUCCGUAAAGGACAGUUGGGCGUGUGUGCGCUCCUGCUCCUAGUGUUACUUCUUGACUCCACUUCUGGCCAAGAGACUGGCGACGAAUGUUUAGCCAGAUUCAAGAAAGGUCGGGAGGAUUUUAUCCUCGAUGCCGACGAGUCUGUGAAAGACGGGGCCACGUUCAUUUCGUCAGCGCCAUUAAGUCGAGCCAAGGACUGCGUGAGGCAGUGCUGCAAAGAGCCCAGCUGCAAUGUCGCCUUCAUGGAGAGAGGAGCAGAGGAAGGCUUGAUCAAGUCCUGCUUUCUCUUUGAUUGUGUGUACAAGAAGAAAUACGCCUGCCGAUUUGUCAGGAAGAAAGGAUACAUGAAUUACAUCCUGGACUCAGUUUAUGACAGUUAUCUGGAAGUGGACGUUACCCAAGAUAACACUGACCGUCCGCCGGUGGCCAACGGAGGCCAGGACAUUGUGGUCCAGCCUCAAGAAUCCGUAACACUGAACGGCAUGGGGAGCAAGGAUGACCUGAAAAUUGAGACCUUCCAGUGGCAAAUGCUCACCGGAUAUCCUUAUGCUGUCAUUGACAAAACCGACUAUGCCGACCAGAUUAUCGUGUCCAAUCUGACAUCUGGGGUGUACAAGUUCCAGCUGACUGUCACAGACGCCAUUGGACAGUCAGACUCCACCAAGGUCACCGUCCUGGUCCUUACUCCUGAGCAGUCUGAUGACCACUGCAUGGCUCCAAAGAAGGUCGGGCCGUGUCGCAGUAGCUUCCCUCGCUGGCAUUACAAUGCUGCCUCAAAGAAGUGCGAGAUGUUCCACUUUGGGGGCUGCAAAAAUAAUCUCAACAACUAUCUCUCCAUGGAAGAGUGCAACAACGCCUGUAGCGGCUCAGAAGGCAGCGCUAAAGCUGGUAGAGGUUUGCCAAUUCCCGCCCCUAAAGGAGAAAGAUGUGGUGGUCCGUGUACAACAGAGGAAUUUGCGUGUGCAAACGGCUGCUGUUUGGAUCGGGGUCUGGAGUGUGACUUAAUCCCACAGUGUACCGACAGCUCAGAUGAGCAGAAAUGCGAAGACAUCAACAGAGAGUUUACGAUUCUGAUGGAGAUUCCAGUGAAUGAACAAAAAGUGCGCUGCACAGAGCCUCCUGACACGGGAAACUGUAGGGACAGUCUCACCAAGUGGUACUACAGCCCACAUAAUAGGGACUGCUUCCGCUUCAACUACGGUGGCUGCCAUGGAAAUGAGAACAAAUUUAACAAUAAGGAGUCAUGUAAAAGAGUUUGCCAUGGAGUAACAGACAAUGACAUAUUUGCAAGAAAUGGGGCAUUUGGAUCCAGAAUAGCUGAAAGUCACACGGGUAUUGUAGCGAUAGCUGCCCUCCUGGGUGUAGCUAUCCUCGUCCUACUAGGCGUCCUGGUGUACUGCCUCAUCAAGGGGAAGAAGAAGACUACACAACACCACCGUGUGCCCGUCAACGCCGCCCCAGUCAAUUUGGAGGACAGAGAGCGUCUGGUCUACAACAGUACCACCAAGCCCAUCUGACCCUUCAGUCCUCACCUUUGACCCCCGUCCUGGUGGUGAUUAACACCACCGGAGCUGUGUCGUACACUGAACAAACUCAGAUUGAUGAGAGAGGAAAAAAUGUCCAUUGACUAAGUUUGAAUACGGGAGAGGGAUCUGUUUUUAUUCUGUCCAUGUAUGGAUGUAUUUUGUAAGGGUGAUGUACAUGGAAGGAAGGAACGUCUUCAAUGAUGAAAUGUGACCGGUUAUUUUUUUAGAUUGUUUUCAAUGCAGUGGCCUGUUUUUAAAGGAAUUGUUGGAUAUGAGUUUGUACUCAGGUUAACAGGGAAAGACUUUCAUUAGUUUGUAGAUUUUCUCCUUUGUUUAAUGGAAUCUGCUUUUUCUUAGCGAAUAGCUCUUUUUUUUUUUUUUUUUUUUUUUUUUUUUUUUAUAUAAAUAGUCAGUUCAAAAAGUCAGAUCUGGAAUCUUCAAAGUAAGAGUAGAUUCUUAGCUCUGUUGUGGAUAUGUAAUGUUAUAUGAUGAUCCUUUCAAAGUCCUGCUACGCCAGCUUCUUCACUCCAUCAGAUUUAUGUUUAUCCCGUUUAAAACCCAUUGUUACAUUGGAUUACACAUGCGUGCGUAAUGUUGUACAUAAUCUUAGAAUUGUGACAAAGUAAUAUUUUACUUGAGAAAGUUAUUUUGUCACUGAUUUUUAAAGUGUUUUUAGAACAAGCGUAAUGUAUACAUUAAAUAAGGAUUUAUUAAUACUUUUUAUAAAGCAGCCUUACUGUUGAAUAUUCAACAUAUUCAACUUCAAAUGUUUGUAUAUAGGACCUUUCUGUAACUUUAGCAGUGUCGUGAUGUUUAUACGAAAUAAAUGUAUUGAC